AUAAGAUAAGGAGUGAAAUAUGAUGGACUAGAAGAUGAAGGGAUGGACAAGCAUAAUUUUCAUAACAGAAAUUAUUAAAUUCCACUCGACUGGACAUAUCGUGUCACCGCCGAGCCGCCUUCCUUCCUCUAAAGCAGUUUCCUUACUUCGACCUGACUCAACGCUCCUUCAUUCCUCACAGAGCAAACCCUAGAUUUAGCGCGCCGGUAGUUCGUACAAGGCGCGAUCAAUCGCCAUGGACAUGGGUAUGCAGAACGAUUUGGACCGUCUGCUCUUCUUCGAGCACGCUCGCAAGACGUCCGAGUCGGUCUACGCCAAAAACCCUGGAGAUGCGGACAACCUGACGAGGUGGGGCGGGGCGUUGAUGGAGUUAUCGCAGUUCCAGAAUGUUUCAGAAUCGAAGAAGAUGAUUAAGGAUGCAAUAUCAAAGCUGGAGGAGGCACUGACGAUUAAUCCCAAAAAACAUGAUGCUUUGUGGUGCCUGGGAAAUGCUCACACGUCCCACGCGUUUCUUACUCCUGAUCAGGAUGAGGCUAGGGAGUAUUUUGACAAGGCCAAUCGGUACUUUCAGCAAGCUGUCGAAGAGGAUCCUGGGAAUGAGAUAUACCAAAAAUCUUUGGAUGUGGCCGCUAAGGCCCCUGAAUUCCACAUGGAGAUCCAUAAGCAUGGUUUGACUCAACAAGCAAUGGGAUCAGGACCCUCUACAUCUUCAGGUGCAAAGACUGCGAAAAAGAAGAAGUGCAGUGAUUUUAAGUACGACGUAUUCGGGUGGGUCAUCCUUGCCGUUGGUAUUGUUGCAUGGGUGGGUUUUGCAAAAUCUCAUGUGCCUCCACCAGCUCCAAGAUAAGCCAAGUGUUUGGUUUAUGUUUUGGGUGCCUCAGGACAUGAGAAACACUUCAGAGGUUUCUGCUGAAACGUGUAGAGAAUUGAAGAAAGAAUACAAGUGGUAGCAACCAUCAGUUAUUUUUUUGACAUUAGGAAUAUUUCCCCAUGUAAACUGAGAUAAUUAGUAAGGCUACCUUUUAGAUAAAUUAUCGAUUUUCCUGUAUUGAAUUUUGCUUAGAACACUGUUUAGAUGCAAUCAUUGCUGUGUUGCGGCCCUGAUUCUUUCUCUUCGAGUUCCAUCCUGUUUUUAGUUGUGCAUGCUGAAGGGUGGGAGUCAUGCGUUGCGGAACACAGUUGUGAAUUGGCGGCUGGUGGCCUGUCACACUUUGUACAAGUUUGGUUUUUUUUUUUUUACACCCUCGCAGCUGGUGGGGUUUGCAAAGUUAUAUCUGGAAGGGGGGAGAGUUGGUGGUUGCUUACAGUGAUGAGUUUAUGAUUGAGAACUGGGUUCUGGUCAGUCAGCUUAAUUUGGAUUGUGUGAUAACGCUAUGAAUUUUUAAUAUUUUUGGAAGCAUACAGUGCUGGAUUCUUGA